AAUGGCGCCCUUCAACCUCGAAACCUGUGCUAGGCCAAAUAUCUUGGCCCUCGAGCCCUAUCGCUGUGCGCGAGACGACUACAAGGAUGAUGGGACAAACAUCCUCCUCGAUGCCAACGAGAACGCGUAUGGUCCUUCGCUGAGCUCAGAUGUUGCCGAUAAGACUGCCAAUGGUGUCGAUGUCGACCUGCUGGGCCUGCACCGCUAUCCCGAUCCUCACCAGGAGCCGUUGAAGCAGCUGCUUUGCGAGUUGCGCAACACCCAUGCUCACACAAGCAAGACGCUCAAGCCAGAGAACCUGUUUGUUGGUGUUGGAAGUGACGAGGCCAUUGAUGCUCUGCUGCGUUGCUUUUGCAUCCCUGGAAAGGAUCGCAUUCUUACAUGUCCACCUACAUACGGCAUGUACUCUGUAUCUGCCCAGGUCAACGACGUCGCACUGGUCAAGAUUCCUCUCCUGGAGGCUCCCUCUUUCAGCAUUGAUGUGCCAGCUGUUCUUAACGCCUUGACAAACGAGCCUAACAUCAAGCUGGUCUACCUUUGCUCACCUGGUAACCCUACUGGUUCACUUCUCGCCAAGUCCGAUGUUCAGCAGAUCCUCGACCAUCCUACAUGGAACGGAGUCGUUGUUCUCGACGAGGCUUAUAUCGACUUUGCCCCCGACAAUGCUUCUCUCGCGGAGUGGGUGGCUGAGUUCCCCAACUUGGUAGUCAUGCAGACCCUCUCCAAGGCCUUUGGUAUGGCUGGUAUUCGUCUCGGUGCUGCGUUCACCUCACCUCCCAUCGCUCGACUCCUCAACAGCCUCAAGGCCCCUUAUAACAUUUCAAGCCCCACGAGCGCUCUUGCAUCUUACGCUGUCUCCGAAAAAGGCCUUGCCAUUAUGCGAGACCACCGAGCCCGUCUACUCGAGCAACGUGAUCGACUCAUUCAGGAGCUGCCCAAGAUCCCCGGCGUUGGUCGUCUACGUGGUGGUACUGAAAGUAACUUUAUGCUUUACGAGAUGCUUAACUCGGCAGGUGAGCCGGACAACAGCAUUGCGUUGGCCGUAUAUGAGAAACUUGCCGAAGGCAAGGGUGUGGUUGUACGAUUCAGAGGUAAAGAGCACGGAUGUCUAGGAUGCCUGCGCAUUACAGUCGGCACAGAUGCCGAAGUGACAAGAUUCUUAGACUCCUUGAAGACAACGUUGGCUGAAGUAAGAGGAUCCUAAGUCACGGUGGGGAACAAGACACGGCAAAAAGGCGUUUGAAAGUUAGAUCUAGAUUCUAGACGUAAUCUCGUGAAAUUAUAAAAGGCAACGCUCGUGGGUACAAGCGUUUUACAAGAAUGUUUGUCCUUUAGACCAAUCAAUAAUCAAUCCAUAGCCCGAACGUCUGUCCAUUCUAUCCCGUUUAAAAUCUAACGAAUAAUCAAUAACUUUUGUCUAGGCCAGUCCCAGGAAAGUGAGGACAGUUACAAUACUGAACGAUGCAAGGAUGAGAUCAGCCCGGUACGAACCGGCCGCAUCCUCGCUCUUUGUAGGCUUAGGGGGCGAGCCAGACGUUGCUGACGCCGUCUCGGCGGUAUUGGAAGACGAUGGAGUGCUCUUAAUCUUGGACUCGUGAACGUCCAUGGCAGCCCAGUCCGUGCUACGAAUGACCUUAAUAUCAUCGCCCUUCAGCGGUGCAGGGGCUUGAUCCAACAACAAUCCCUGAACAAUUUCAAGGGCGCACAUUUGCUGACCGAGGCCAGGGUUUCCGUCAUAACCUUCAACAUACCAGCGCUGACCGCACUCACGGCCUGUCUUACCACCAGUGCAGGUCUGAACAGCCGCCUUGGCACUUGGCAAAAGAUGGUCAUGGACGUGAGCCUUGAGAUCAGGUUGCAUCUGGACGGAGAGGUACAUGAAACGUGACAGGUAACCUUUGAAGGUUUCCAUGUCUGCUGUACAACUCUUGACGGUCUCGCAGGCGGCUUCGUACAUGACAUUGGUGACGUUUCCAAACGGCGCAAAGAACCAGUCGGUGCCUUUGAGCAACCUCCUGCUGCGCUCAGCCCACUCUGGCUUUUCGGUGUAGUUUGCCAUAACAGCAGCUCCAUAGAGGUAGAUGCCCUGAGUGUAAGUAAAUGAGUGGUAGACAGUCUUUUGACAGUUGUCCUUGGUGUCGGUGCCGUCGUAAACGUGGUAGUUUCGUUGAUCUAUAAAACCAACUUCCCACGACCAGUCCCAGAUCUUGACGGCCCAAUCGAGAUAUUUGGCAUCGCCCGUGAUACGACCGAGACGGGCAGCAAGCUGAAAGAAACCGCCGUUGCUGACUGAGUUCUUGUAUGUCAUGCCGUUGGGGUUGUUUGGGUAGAUCUGCCACAGAAGACCACCGUUACACUUUGUUGUGUCCCAACGACUAACAAGCUGAUCGAAGACGUUGAUGGAAAUAUCGAGCCAAGACGGCAGGUCCUUGUUGGGCUGAGGAAAGUUUCGCUCAGCAGCUGACAAGACGGCGUUGCCCCAAAAGAAGAGGUCGUCGUUGCCCUCCUCAUCGGCAUGCUCAACAGGCAUGUAGUUGUGACCCUUUCCGAGGUUCGUGGGACCCAG